AAGAAAUAAUUUUAUCAAGGUAGGCCUAGAGGCCGAGCGUGUUUUCUUUCCGCCUGAGUGUGAGCGUGAAGCUUCUCCGCUCGAGCUCCUUUCAAAGUCUACACUGGAUACUCGUGACGGCCGCUGUCGUCGUGCUGCUGUGCAAGAGAACGGUCAGAGGUUCAGACGAAAGUGAAUUUGCAACGCUCAGUUGUAAGAGAAAAAUCAACGACGACAACAUUAUAUCAUUACUACCCCAACGACAAAGACAUUGACUGAGGGAAGUGGACACAUUUCGACUCUUGGGACUCUUGAGGCCAGCCUCUUUUGGGUUAAAAAACCCCCCAACUCAAGUGACUAAUAUAUUCGUCAAUUUACUUGGUCCUAGUGGCUGUUUGUUGAAGUUAUCCGUUGAGGCUGUAGAGAGGGCCGUUGUCAGGUGGCCUUGAGUGUACGUGUGUGUGUUUGAACUCUUGUCCUCCGCGGGAGCCGUGGUCAGCAGGAUGCUGCGUCUUCAGGCUCGAGCGCGUCACCUGCACCAUGCGGCCAGCUCCGCCCUGGCCCGGGCCACCUCGGCCACCUCAACAGGCGGGGCCCUGUCCCGCACACUGCCCGACACCCGCGCACAGUCCACGCAGGCUGAGGCCAAUGCAGAGCCGCAGCGCAUCAAGAAGCUCAUGGUGGCCAACAGAGGUGAGAUUGCGAUCCGUGUGUUCCGCGCUUGCACUGAGAUGGACAUUGAGACGGUGGCCAUUUACUCCGAGCAGGACGUCAACCAGAUGCACAGACAGAAAGCAGACGAGUCAUAUCUGGUCGGAAAGGGUCUGCCGCCUGUUGCUGCGUACUUAAACAUUCCUGAAAUCAUUACAGUUGCUCAGGAAAAUGGAGUGGAUGCCAUUCACCCAGGCUAUGGCUUCCUGUCGGAGCGUGCUGACUUUGCUCAAGCGUGUGUGGAUGCAGGCAUCAGGUUUAUUGGGCCCAAACCGGAGGUGGUGCACAAGAUGGGAGACAAAGUGGAGGCUCGCCAGGCAGCAAUUGAUGCAGGUGUCCAAGUUGUUCCCGGAACCCCCGGGCCUGUGGAGUCUGCCGAGGAUGCUGUGGAGUUUUGCAAACAGUAUGGGCUGCCCGUCAUCUUCAAGGCCGCUUUUGGAGGAGGCGGUAGAGGCAUGAGAGUGGUCAGGGAUUUGGAGGAUGUUGCUGAAAAUUAUAACAGAGCUUAUUCAGAGGCUUUGGCUGCUUUUGGCAAUGGUUCUUUGUUCCUGGAGAAAUUCAUUGAAAGACCUAGACACAUUGAAGUUCAAAUGCUAGGGGACAGGACUGGCAACGUGGUCCAUCUCUUUGAGCGAGACUGCUCAGUCCAGCGUCGUCAUCAGAAGGUGGUUGAGAUUGCCCCGGCUCCAAUGUUUGACCAGGAAGUGAGAGACAAGAUGACCUCUGAUGCCGUGAGGCUGGCCAGACACGUAGGCUACGAGAAUGCCGGCACCACAGAGUUCCUCUUGGACAAGAAUGGUCAGUACUACUUCAUCGAGGUCAACGCUCGAUUGCAGGUGGAGCACACCGUGACAGAGCAAGUAACUGGAGUCGACUUGGUGCAGUCUCAGAUUAAGAUUGCAGAGGGCCACACACUGGAGGAUUUGAACCUUACACAAGAACAGAUCCAUCUCAAUGGAUGUUCCAUUCAGUGCCGUAUGACCACUGAGGAUCCAUCCCGAAACUUCCAGCCAGACACUGGUCGGAUUGAGGUUUUCCGCAGUGGAGAAGGCAUGGGAAUCCGUCUUGACAGUGCCUCAGCUUUUGCUGGAGCAGUAAUCUCCCCUUACUAUGAUUCGCUACUGGUGAAAGUGAUUGCUCAGGCGAGAGACCACCCAGCGGCUUGCGCCAAAAUGUUGAGAGCUCUGAGAGAAUUCCGCAUCAGAGGUGUCAAGACAAACAUCCCGUUCCUGCUGAAUGUCCUGCAAAAUGACACAUUCCUGAAGGGAUCUGUAGACACUUAUUUCAUUGAUGAAAACCCCGGCCUUUUCCACUUCGCGGCCAGUCAGAACCGUGCACAGAAAUUACUGCACUACCUGGGCAAUGUGAUGGUCAAUGGGCCGUCCACUCCGCUGGGCACCACCCUCAAGCCCACUGAGGUUGUGCCUUCUCUGCCGCCUGUUCCCGUUGAUCAGCUUGGGAAGGCUAUCCCACCCCCUCCUGCCCUCCGAGAUGUACUGCUCAGGGAUGGGCCUGAGGCAUUUGCCAAGAAAGUGCGAGAGAACAAGGGACUGAUGCUUAUGGACACCACAUUCCGGGAUGCUCACCAGUCUCUGCUGGCCACCAGAGUUCGAACCUAUGAUCUGAAACGCAUUGCACCUUUCUGUGCUCACAGCAUGACACCACUGUACAGCUUGGAGAACUGGGGAGGAGCGACAUUUGACGUGGCUCUCCGCUUCCUCCAUGAGUGUCCCUGGGAUCGUCUGCGAGAGUUGAGGAAGCUCAUCCCCAACAUUCCCUUCCAGAUGUUGCUGCGUGGUGCCAAUGCUGUAGGAUACACGAAUUAUCCAGACAAUGUUGUGUUCAAGUUCUGUGACUUGGCUGUGAAGAACGGAAUGGACAUCUUCAGGAUCUUUGAUUCUCUGAAUUAUCUGCCAAAUAUCAUUGUUGGAAUGGAAGCCUCAGGGAAAGCAGGUGGCGUUGUGGAGGCGGCCAUCUCGUACACGGGCAACGUGUCUGACCCGGAGAAAAAGAAGUACAACCUGGAGUACUACACCAAGCUGGCUGGAGAGCUGGUUAAGGCUGGAACUCACGUCCUCUGUAUCAAGGACAUGGCUGGUCUCCUCAAGCCCCAGGCUGCUAAGCUGUUGGUGUCUACACUCAAGGACAAGUACCCCGAUGUACCGAUCCACGUGCACACUCACGACACCUCGGGCGCGGGUGUGGCGGCCAUGUUGGCGGCUGCUCAGGCUGGGGCUGACGUGGUGGAUGUGGCGGUGGACUCCAUGUCUGGGCUCACCUCACAACCCAGCAUGGGGGCUGUGGUCGCCUCGCUGGAGCAGACAGAGCUUGACACAGGCCUGGAUCUGGACAAUGUGACGGCAUACUCUGCCUACUGGGAACAGGCUCGUAACUUGUACGGACCGUUUGAGUGCACGGCAACCAUGAAGAGUGGCAACGCUGACAUCUACAAAAAUGAAAUCCCAGGGGGCCAGUACACGAACUUGCAGUUCCAGGCAUUCAGUCUUGGUCUGGCCGAUCAGUUUGAGGAGAUCAAGAAGAUGUACUCCGUAGCCAACAUUUUGCUAGGAGACCUGCCUAAGGUAACUCCGUCAUCCAAGGUUGUGGGUGACAUGGCCCAGUUUAUGGUACAGAACAAACUCACUGCUGAGCUGGUGCAGGAGAAAGCGUCUGAGUUGUCCUUCCCUUCCUCUGUGGUUGAGUACUUCCAGGGCUACCUCGGGGAGCCACCAGGUGGAUACCCAGAGCCUCUCCGCACCAAGGUUUUGAAAGGAGCGCAGAAGAUUGAAGGCCGUCCUGGCGCAUCACUGCCACCACUUGACUUUGAGGAAAUCAGAGAUGAGCUUCAGGACAAGUAUGGCUCUGGAGUGACAGAGGAGGAUGUGAUGAGUGCUGCGCUAUACCCUAAAGUCACUGAUGAGUAUUUGGACUUCAAAGGCAAGUAUGGCCCUGUGGACAAACUGGACACCAAAACCUUCCUGGUCGGCCCCAAGAUUGCCUCUGAGACUGAGGUGAGCUUGGAGAAAGGGAAGAGCCUGUCUAUUGUGACCUUGGCUGUGGGAGAUCUGAGUGCCACAGGAACCAGGGAGGUGUUCUUUGAGCUCAACGGUCAGCUCCGCUCUGUCAGGAUCAAGGACACAGAGGCACAGAAGGAAAUGCAUGUUCAUCCUAAGGCUCUCCAGGGGGUGCGUGGCUCGGUGGGGGCACCCAUGCCAGGCACGGUCAUCGACAUCAAGGUGAAGGAAGGCGAGGAAGUGGAGAAGGGACAGCCCCUGCUGGUGCUGAGUGCCAUGAAGAUGGAGAUGGUUGUCAGUGCACCGCUGGCUGGCAAGGUCAAGCUGGUGGCUGUCAGCAAGGACAUGAAGCUGGAGGGUGACGACCUCCUGGUGGAGAUUGAGUAGCAUGAGGAUUGCCAUUCUGCACCGCGUCACUGACCGUAUGGUGUGAGCUGCUGAAGUGUUGGGGUGACCGCGGGUUUCUUUGUCAUCUUCCCAGGGUGAUGUUAGAGCUAGGUGUGAACUCUGCGUAUGAGAAAGAUGUGAUAUUUCUGUAAGAGGCAGGUGUGAUAAUGUUGUGGAUGAUCCUCAGGACGAGUAGAGUCUGCCUGGAAAUUUGUGGAGGUUACAUUGAUAGAGGCACAGGCAGCUCUGUCAUGUUAGUUGUUGAUGAAAUGUUGUGCAAGUUGUUAUUUUGCGAUGGUUGUAGACUCUUGAUGGUCGUAAUGUUGACAGAAUGUUAUCCAUCUUGUAAAAUGUUCUCUGGUUGCCAUGUAGACUGUUUUUCUUUGUUGCUUCCAAACUCAUGCUACUUCGCUGUCCCAUUGCUCUGCACAAAUACAAAGGUGUAGAUGUUUAUUCCAUCAACUCCCCUACAAUGCAAUGUCUAGCUGCUUUCAGCACUUUGAACUCUUGGCCAUCAGUGAUGCUGAUCUGUAGACCAACUUCGCUUGGGCAUGUGUGAAUGUGUGUGUAUAUAUGUGUGCGUGUGUGAACGCACAUGCUUGAUCACUCCUGCUGAAUGCAAUACAGAAAAAUGAUAGUGAGAGCGAAAUAUGAUUGUAGUAAUAGUUGUGUGAAGAUUUGUUAGAGUAAAUUGCCUUGUUGUAAGCAGCUGUGAAAAGGAAGCGUAGUUGUCUUAAUUUUUUAAAAGAACAUUCUCAGUGUUGAAAUCCUCAAUGUUUUAUAAAUGGAGAACUUCUAAGAAUUUAACUGUGAAUGUACUCAGAGGCUGUCUCUGAUGUCUGUAUUGGAUGAUGUUUGCUUACGUUCAUGACCAUAUCUCUGGCUCAACUCCAUCAUGUGUGCCAUGAGUGAUUCGCUGCUACUAAUUUCUGAUUAUAUGCUCUGAGAAAUGUUGUCUUGUUGACUUGUUUUUCUUCUUUUCUGAAAGAUCUCGGACAGUGUUGGCUUUUGAAGUGAGAAACAAGGUGUGUUUCAUGUUGGUCUGUGCCUCAUUUUAUGAAUUCUUUACUACACUCAAGAUUUACAUUUUAGUUUAUACAUUCACAAUUUUACAUUGUCACUUCACAAAUGGGUGUGAUAUUUGUCCUUUUUCCCAGUCUGUUGGUUGAGAUUUCGUUAGGUUGUAGCUGGAAGUCUGUGGGCUCUACAAUAUUGCCAUAUAUGACAUUUGUACUGAAUGACAUUUGGCUUGCUUUACUGCAUAGUGGUGUGAAAGUAGUCGGUAAUGCUGGUGAUCUUUCCCCUCAAAUGCUGUGCAGUGGUAGUGUGGAUUUUUGCCUGACCGUGUACAUGCUUUACUGUAUGUGUUUGUGACUAGUAAAUUUCUCAUCAUGCCCUGCUUGUAAGCACUGCCAACAUAAGGUGUGGGAAUUUGUUCUUGUAUACACUGCCAGUGUGUUGGAAAUGUGCUCAUGGUGACUGAAAACUUUUGUAGACCUCGAACCCCCACGUGGAGUUUUGCCUGUUUAUCUUAGGGCUCUGAACAAAUGUUAUAAUACAAUUGUGUGGGCCCAAAAUGUGAAGAUCUUGAUUUGCUUUUUAUUUCUGAAUGUUUACUCUAGCUCUAAAGUAGAUUGGACCAUAUGAUGUCUAAAUCUCAGUGCCACUUUUUAAUAAUACGCAUUAGUGAUUUUCUAGAUGUUUUAGCAUUGCUCAAGGCUCUGCCUAUUGCAUCUCAGUAUUGUGAAACCAAGCUCAGGGCUUGUGUUAUCUUGUAGACGUAGUUCACAAGGGAAUGGUCUUGACCUGACCACGAGUGACCCUCAAGAGUUGUGUUGACCACCAGCCUGUUCAUUAUUCAGAUUUCUUCGAUUGAUACAUAUAAUAUAUAUAUGCAUAAUAAUUUAUGGUUUAUAGCAGUACUGUUAUCAGAGAUUUCACAUACAAAUAUUAUGAAAAAAACUGGAGUUCUGUGAUGGAGAUAAUUUCAUUUUUGUGAAAGAUUCAAAUAUUUGCUGGUCUCUUGUUGUUUGUCUAGAUAACUGUCAUUCUGGAGAUUGUGGCAAAUUAAACUCCAACAAAAAUUAUGGACUGGAGUGUUCUUUUGUUGGAAGUAUAAAAUAUUUGCUUUCGCUUAAAGCAAUAUUUACUUGUAUACCUUUCGAAGCUUCCAAUAGGAAAUGCAUUUUCAUUUUUCUCAUGCAGCAUUAGCAUAAGCUUGUGUUGCAUCAUUUUCUGAACAUGUUCUUAUAUAGAAUGUAGGAAACUUUCCACCUCGUUUCAUUGUGUCUGGGAUGUAUGGCUGUAUGCCAACGUCAGAACACAAAAUGUUACUCACUUCUCUUCAAUAAACUGGUGUUCAGUAACUC